GACUAUGGGAGUUGAACAGCCAGAGACAAUGUCAGUAGAGGUUCUUGAAUCAUCCAAAAAAACAGAAGUAAAGACUAUGGAAGUUGAACAGCCAGAGACAAUGUCAGUAGAGGUUCUUGAAUCAUCCAAAAAAACAGAAGUAAAGACUAUGGAAGUUGAACAGCCAGAGACAAUGUCAGUAGAGGUUCUUGAAUCAUCCAAAAAAACAGAAGUAAAGACAAUGGCAAUGGAUCCACUACAGUCAGAUAGUUCUUUGGACACAGAAACGUCCUCUGAUGAAAAUGCAGAAGAUAAUACCUCUGACGAUGAAGGAUCAAUCCAGUCUACAGAGAGCAGUGACAAUGACACUUCAUUUAAAUAUAAGUGUGACAAAUGUGAUUUGUCAUUUAAGUUUAACUGUUGGUUUAAAAGACACAUUUCAACCCAUAAUCCUAGUUCUUUUGCAUGCCGAUACUGUCCAAAGUACUAUAAACGAAAAGAUAUUCUGAGAGAGCACGAAUACCUUCAUUUCGGAGGAAAAAAACACAAGUGUAACGAAUGCUCUAAAGAAUUUGGCGACAAACGUAACCUAAAUAAACAUGUCAAAUAUAAGCAUGAAAAUUCUCUACUACAGUGCCCUAAAUGUAAGAAAAUGUAUUCCGGUAUGAGACAGUUAAGAUACCACGACAAUAGGAUGCAUUCACUAAAAACUCCAUACAAAUGCGGGAUAUGUAAUGAAAAAUUUUCAGUUCCAUGUUUACUAGCAAGCCAUCGUAAGAAAAUGGAACACUAAACAGAAAAAAAUUUGUAACCUGAUUUUUUUUUUUUUUUGUAUAUUGUAAUGUAUACAUUAAAAUAAAUAAUAUUUAUUUUAAGUUCUAACGUAUUGUAUUAAUAAAAUAUUGAAUUGCAUUGCAUGAAUUUUUUUUUUUCAUUAACACUAAACAGAAAAAAAUGUAUAACCUGAUUUUUUUUUUUUUUGUAUAUUGUAAUGUAUACAUUAAAAUAAAUAAUAUUUAUUUUAAGUUCUAACGUAUUGUAUUAAUAAAAUAUUGAAUUGCAUUGCAUGAAUUUUUUUUUUUUCAUUAACACUAAACAGAAAAAAAUGUAUAACCUGAUUUUUUUUUUUUUUGUAUAUUGUAAUGUAUACAUUCAAAUAAAUAAUAUUUAUUUUAAGUUCUAACGUAUUGUAUUAAUAAAAUAUUGAAUUGCAUUGCAAUUUUUUAUCAAUAGACAAUUUAAUUCAUCAAUGUUUACAAUUCUUGAACCAAAACUUCUGAUGAAAUGUUAUAAACUAGAUGAUUUCAUAACAGUGUAUAUAUAAAUAAAUUGUAGUAAAAUUGUAUAUUUGUAGUAUGCUAACCAAAAUCUCAGGAAUGGUAGCUCGGGGUACUUACUACGAUGUGUGUAAGUUUCAAAACGAUCGGUCAAAGGGUUGAUUUUAUACGAUUUUCUAAAGGGCGUUUAGCUGUUGCCGGGUGAAUACAUCAUUAGACCACCAAUGCACAAUGAGAAAAUUAAAUCUCUAUUACAAGAUACUAUAUACAUUUAUAUUUAUUUAUGCUACUUUAUUUUCAAACCUAUAAAUUUGUCAUCAAUUGUUAUUACGCGCCUUCUUUUACAGUUUUUAUAAUAUUAUUAAUUAUAUAAUAUAUAGUAUAGUAUAAGUAUACUAAUAAAAAACC